CCCUGUGCUUGUAAGAUGUCCCCGCUUAGGAGACGGGAGGAUGGAGACGAUAGGCCUCUCCAGUACAAUGGUGUCACUAUGGUAACCCAGGAGCCCUCUUCGCUCACCCCCCCUUCCGGAUUCAUUCUCGCGAGAGCUGGCCGGGCCGGCGCGGAGAGGCCAGGGCGCUCAGGGGCCUUUUCAAACCCAGCGGCAGCGGCGGCACAGGAGCUCGGCAAGGAAAUGGCGGAGAACGAUAAACCGGAGGCCUCAGCGGCGGCGGCGCCGCCACCGGGGGGAGCGGAGGAGGCCUUAGCCGCCCCAGAUAACCAGCCUCAGCAGCAGGAUGAGGAGGCGGCGGCAACGGCGACCGAGAGCGGUGGCAGCGCCAAUGGCGUCAAAAUGGAUAAUGAUGAGGCAGCAAAGGAAGAAAAAGCACCUGUGAAGGAAAAAUAUGUUCCAAAACCAAAGGCAAUUCCAUCUCUUGGAAACAAGAAUAGAUUCCAUCCCUAUUCAAAGGACAAGAAUUCAGGCACUGGAGAAAAGAAGACUAUUAACCGUAACAGAGUUUUCAUUAGCAACAUCCCAUACGACAUGAAAUGGCAAGCUAUUAAAGAUCUUAUGAGAGAAAAAGUUGGUGAGGUUACAUACGUGGAGCUGUUUAAGGAUGCUGAAGGAAAAUCAAGGGGUUGUGGUGUGGUUGAAUUCAAAGAUGAAGAAUUCGUAAAGAAAGCAUUAGAAACUAUGAACAAAUAUGACCUUAGUGGAAGACCCCUGAACAUUAAAGAGGAUCCUGAUGGUGAACAUGCUCGUAGGGCAUUGCAGCGUGUGGGAGGACCAUUCCCAGGAGGACAUGGACCUGAUAUGGCACCUGGGUUGAUGAAUUUACCCCCUUCAAUUCUCAAUAAUCCAAACAUUCCUCCUGAGAUUAUCAGUAAUUUGCAGGCUGGCAGGCUCGGGUCCACUAUUUUUGUUGCUAAUCUUGACUUUAAAGUUGGAUGGAAGAAACUAAAGGAGGUGUUCAGCAUUGCUGGAACUGUAAAACGUGCAGAUAUCAAAGAAGACAAGGAUGGCAAGAGUCGAGGAAUGGGAACAGUCACUUUUGAACAAGCAAUUGAAGCAGUUCAGGCAAUAUCUAUGUUCAAUGGACAGUUCCUGUUUGAUAGACCCAUGCAUGUAAAAAUGGAUGACAAAUCAAUUCCUCAUGAAGACUUCCGUGUGGUGGAGAACAAGACGCCACAGUUACCUCGUGGCCUUGGAGGUAUUGGGAUGGGACUUGGACCAGGAGGACAACCCAUCAGCGCAACCCAGUUGAGCAUGGGAGGUGGAAUGGGGAAUAUGGGUCCAGGAGGUAUGGGAAUGGAUGGCCCAGGUUUCGGAGGAAUGAACAGAAUGGGAGGAGGUAUCGGUGGAUUUGGUGGAAUGGAAGGAAUGACUAACAUGGGAGGAUUUGGUGGAGUCAGCAGAAUGGGAGGGAUGGGGAGUGUAGAUGACUUCAGAGGAAAUAUGGGCAGUGGAAUGAGUGGGGGCAUAGGAACCGGCAUGGGAGGCAUGGCAACUGGCAUGGGAGCAGAAAUGUUUCGUGGUGGAAUGGGAGGAAGUAUGGACAGAGAUUUUGGUCGCAGUGACAUGGCAAUGAACCGGGGCUUUGGAGAUUCGUUUGGAAGAAUGGGUGGUGCAAUGGUUGGUGGUUUUGCAGGAGGAAUGGGAGCUUCUAGCAUGGGCCCAGUAGGAUCUGGAAUGAGUGGUGGAAUGGGUGGUAUGAAUAGUAUGACUGGAGGAAUGGGGAUGGAUCGUAUGAGCUCCAGUUUUGAUCGAAUGGGACCAGCUAUGGGAGCUGGCCUGGACAGGAACAUUGAUAUGGAUCGAGGAUUUGUGGCUGGCCCGAUGGGAAGUGGUGUGAGAGAGAGAGGUUCUAAAGGCAACCAGAUAUUUGUCAGAAAUCUUCCAUUUGACUUGACCUGGCAGAAGCUAAAAGAGAAAUUCAGUCAGUGUGGUCAUGUAAUGUUUGCUGAAAUAAAAAUGGAGAAUGGAAAAUCAAAAGGCUGUGGAACAGUCAGGUUUGACUCACCAGAAUCUGCUGAAAAAGCCUGUAGAAUAAUGAACGGCAUAAAAAUCAGUGGCAGAGAAAUUGACGUACGCUUGGAUCGCAAUGCAUAAUUUAAAACUGUAUGCAGGAACAUUCCUAUGUCUGUUUAGCUUCUAUAUCCUAGUAAGUCAUUUUUAGUAACAUUGUAUGCUUACAAAAACUGUAAAAACAAACUUUUAAAUCCCACCAGCCUUUAACAGUAUAGUGUUUAAUAUACUGUGAUUCUUGUUAACUAAAUCUUACUAUGUUUGGUUUUUAAGGACAGUUUGCCCGAUUUUCAGAGGUACUGAACACCUGCAGUCCCCUUAAAGACAUUGUAGAGAGGCUGUGGAUGCUUGGCACCUCUGGAAAAUUAGGCCAAGUGUCUCUAGUCAUUCAGUUUAAAUGAAUGGUUAUACUGUUUUUAAUAAAAUAAGCCAUUUUCUCUGUUCUCAAGAUUGCAUAGUGGGAUUUGUUUAGUGUUUCAGAUUCCCUCAGCUCGUAUCAACAUUGUAAUGUAAAAAAUUAGAUGUCCUUUCCAGAAUUUUGGUUUUAUAUAUGCAUUGUAGUCACACUGUAAUUCUUGACUCUAAAAGAAAGGGCUCCAAUUAGGCUGUGAUGUUGUUUUAUUUUUAAGAUUACUUUUAUGCCAUGAUUUAGAACUUCUGUAAAUAAGUUUUAGAGCCCAAAGGGAGUUUUGGAUUUUUUUUAUUUGACUAAAUGAAGAAAUUGAUCCUC